UCUCUCUCUCUCUCUCCCUCUCUCUCUCUCUUCUCUCUCUCUCUCUCUCUCUCUCUCUUAUAAAGCUUGAACAGCUGAUCUCGUGCAUCAGAAAGAGCCGCAGCUCCGUACGCGCCGCGGAGAGGGAUAAGAGAGGGGGAAAGAGAGAGGUACAAGAAAGAGAGAGAGAGAGAGAGAGUGCGACGGAGAGAUGAGCUGUUCAUGUCUUCCAACUGUCGGUAUCUGGACGAGUAUUUUAGCAAUAUCACAGCGGAACUGUGACGACGUUUUGUGCGACUCUGAAGUCUCUCUCUUCGCAGACAUUUCCGAGACUCAUUUCUGUUUCGGUUGUGAGCGUCUUUAACCUUCAGUUGCUCUUUGACCGUUUGACGACCGCUUCACCUGUUAUUAUUUCACUUCUUCUUCUUAAGGCUCGUUUUUUGGCAAACUAUCCGACUGUUUCGACUCCUCCGUGUGGGAAAUUCCUUUGGACAGUGUUUGGCCUCCAGUUAAGCGUCUGAAACUUAUUUUAUUGUCUCUUUUUUCGGACUGGAGCGGUAGGUAAAAGCUGUGGCACGCGGAGAAGUGGAGGAGCUGUCCGGUGCUGAAUUCAAGGGGGCACGAGGACAGCUGUCCGCGUGGUGGAAACCGACGAUUUGGUCGACGAAACAAACAGUCGACUUUCUUAGUCGAAACAGCGGGAUAAACACGAAACAAAACAGAAGGAAAGGAGACUUUGACUGCACGAAGCCAACAGAGGAGUAGAUUUAUUUUCCUUGUUCGACCUCUCAGAGCUGCGCAGGUCUUCCAGUAGCGACUUUGACCCCAUUGUUUUUUUCUUUGAGCAACAAUAAACCAAGAUAUGAAAAAUACACACAAAUGAGGAACACUUGAUUCGUCCUGUCUCCAAAAAGCCAUGUCUGCUAUCCACUUUCGAGGCAGUUUGAUUGGAAGGAGCAAACGCAUCGUUAGUAGCUGAAACCGAGGAGUGCAUUCAAAUCAGACAAUUCAAGAGUUUCACCAACAAGUCUGAAGAGGGUUGGAAGAGUGUGUGUUGAUUUUUUUUUCUCGAGUGAAGAAGGAACAACAAAACUGCUGUCCCAUCAUGCCUCGCUCAUUCUUAGUGAAGAAAGUGAAACUGGACGAUUUUUCGGCUGCAGAGCUGGAGAGCUCAUAUGGUCACAGCAGAAGAGAGGAGCUCAGUCUGCGGUUCCAUCAUCAUCAUGAUAAAGGUUUGUCACUCUCUACCUAUACACUCUCACUAUCUCUCAUACAUCAUCCAGAUCAUCCCAUUACACACAGAUUUAAAGCUUUAGUCGGAGAAGGGGAAUUAUGGGGUCAAACUGCGGGCACAACCCAAAAAUAUAAACAAUGAAAUGUUCCUUUUCUUGCACAGAUUAUGAACUGUGUUAUUAUGUAGGAGGCAGAUCAGAGAGAUGGCUUAGAGGUGAGAAAAUCUCCUUUAAAAUGAGACAGGCUGAUAACCUCACAUGCUUAAGGCUACAAAAAGGCACACAUUGCUUCAAGAAAUGUAAUGUGGUAAAUGUGUGAUACACAUUGACACUCCUCCUGGCCAAGUCAAAGGUCAUAGCAGAGAAUUAAUAAACCCUAUGUAAUAUUUAAGUGUUAAGACAUUACAAACCAUAACAUUUUUUAAUUGCUAAGUUGGAAAAAUCAGAUAAAUCUUAUGGUAAAACUCUUUUUUUGUCUUAAAAUGGAGCCACUUGGAUAGAAAGGCACUCUUAGCUUGCCAUCCAAAUAGAUUUCAUGAAGGAAACAAACCUAACAUUGAAAAGUGAGGGCAAAACUUGUACUUUUAUGUCUUGAAAUGAUGCCAAAAGUGGAGUCAGAGAGCUGAGAUUAAUUAUCUUACAUCAUAUGUUGUGGGAUUCUCUGUUGUUCUGUUGCCCAGUAAAUUAUUCAAAUCAGGUUGUUUCCAGCAGCUCUGUGUGUCUCUCUUUAAGAUUUUAACAAUAUUACACAGCUAGCAUUGACGCUUAAUGGUUCCCACGCAGAGUUUAAUCCUGCGUUCAGGAGCGAAAUACAAUACGGAGUGGUUGGGAGAAGGUCAAACAUUCAGGGGAAUUUCUCAGGUAUUGAUAAAAUAUUGUCUUCAUAUUUCUGAGCAAAAGCUGAGAUUCUUUUUGUAAUAUUGUGGAGCCAAGGGAGCUGACCACCAAGACUGUAAAAAAACCAAAAACCUUUGACUUCUCUUACUGUAUUGUUUCAGUUUUAUGGCACCUUUACUUUAAGCAUCAUUAUGCUUUACAGCCACUUUUAGCUGAUAAUUCUUGUUUUAUGGCACUUCUACUGCGAUCUUGAUGAGCUGUACAGCCUCUUUUAUCCAGCUGCUUUCAUUAGUCACUUCAACUAUAAUGGGUCAACCUUAAUGCUCUGAUUGUUUCGAGCUGAAAAAACAACAACAAAUAAGCACAAAUAAACAGAAUCAGCUAUUCAAAAGAUGAAAUCGAACGCUUAUUUGUUGAGAAAUGUAAAAAUAUUUGAACUAAUUUGUCACUUUCACUGUAAUGGGUCAACCUUAAUGCUCUCAUUAACCUAGUUUCAAGUAGAAAAUAAACAACAAAUAAGCACUUAUAAACAGAACCAACUAUUCAAAAGAUGAAGUCGAACACCUACUAGUUGAAAAAUGUAAAAAUAUGCAAACUAAAGUACAGCAUAACUUAUGGUUAGGAGUAUGUAUGGACUAGCAAAUUCUACCUCAAGGUAAUAGUCAGGAUUGGACCUAUAAUUUAACCCUUUAAUGCCUGAAACCACAAAUUAUGGCCAGAAAAUUCAAUUUCUUUUGGAGCUGAAAUGUUUAUUUCACUUACUACUGAAAACCAAAAAAAUCAAAAUGUCCUUAAAAUGUAUUAAAUAUAUUUAUUUAUCUUGUUUGAUACAUCGGACGUUUUUGGAAACUGAUAAACCACAAGAGGACACUUUAAUCAUUUAUCAGACUGUAUUAAGGUGGUUUUUUUUAAGAAUUUGUUGAUCAUAUUGAUUUGAUAGAAGUACCCUAAAAGACUCCAGUGGGUUGAUUAUCAUCCCUGUUUCUGCUAAAUGCACAAAAAGGAAAUCAUGAGGUCACGCUGACCAUUUAUACGUGCACAGCUUUAGGUCUUUCGGCUUGUUUUUCUGCCUCCUAGUGGUCGAGUUUUAAACAUAGCUUUAAAAAGGACUGAGGGAAAAAUUGCAGCUGCCACAGCAGAGCAGGAGGUGAGUAACGCGUUAGUGCAGCCUGGUGGUUUUCACAUUGUCACAAGGUCAAAUGUGCGAUGGAGAGAUCCCAGGUGUUCUGAUGUCAGAGUGAACAGAGACACAUGCAGCAGCAGCGGCAGCAGCAGCAGCAGCAGUAGCAGCAGCAGUGCGGCAGGCAUGUAAAGACUGAGACUUCUAUCCCUUGUUAUAAAUAUAACAAGAGUUUGACUGAAGCAGCUGCAGCUUGUUGCACACACACACGGGUAUACACACAAAAAUGCACAUGAACGUACGCGCUCUGCUGUGUUUCUGUCAACUCGGCACAUUUCCCAGGCAGCUUGCACAGCUGAGUGCACUGCAUUACACACACACACACACACACACACACACACACACACACACACACACACACACACACACACACACUCGCACACACACAGACAUAGGGGAAGCAGUCAGUGACCUACAAGUGUCUAAAGCACACAAGUGUGCGUCAGUUACUGCUGGUUUGGAUCAAAAAUUAAAUUGUAGCUCGCAGCUUUUUUUCUCCCUCUUUCUCUUUCUUUCUCUUGCCUUUCACUGCCUCUCUCCAUCUCUCUUUCUCCUUCAAUUCUCUGUUUUUCAAAGGCACACAUAAAAGGAGGACGGCUUCGGUUUGGCAGAGUAUUUUAAUCUUUAAUAAGCAUUUAGAAGAGCUAUCAGCUCUAAUGCUGCUUAAGUGCUUUGAAAUGAAUACAAAGUUGACACAGUGAGACAGAGGCGGAGACAGUUUGAGAGAGACAAAGACAAACAAACACGGACAGCGUGCACAUGUACAUGUUGAGACACACAGCAGGUACCAAAUUACGUGGAACGAAUACUGUGGAGCGGUCAUGUUUAAUUGGCAGGGAUCACACUAAGCUUAUAUGGGAAAAGCAGCAGUGUGUUAACUCUAAAACCUCCCAUCCUUAAACUAGGGAGAAAGUCUCUUUAAAUGUCCUCCUUUCACAACUCAAUCUGAUCUUUAUGAUUCACCAAAACAAGGACCCAAAGGUGACAUGAUGAAUACAGAGUAAGGAGUUGAAACUGGGGUAAUUCUGGUAGCACUUUAUUUGACGCUUAUCUCUAUAGUGCAUUAUAAAUAUAUGUAUAAUGUGUUAUAAUCAUGUUAUAGCACUGUUUAACUACAGUUAUAAACACUCAUAAAUGAUCAUAAUGCUUUAUAGCAAUAAUCAUAGCACAUUAUAAAGCAUUUUAUCAUGACUUACAAGGUCAGGGAUUAUAAUGUGUUAUAACCGUUAACAACUCACUGACAAUGCCCACAUAGAUAAUGCAAUGCAAUUGUUAACAGUUAUAACACAUUACUAUACCUGACCUUGGAAGUCAUGAUAAAUGCUCUAUAAUGUGCUAUGAUUAUUGCUAUAAAGCAUUAUGAUCAUUUAUGAGUGUUUAUAACUAUAGUUAUACAGUGCUAUAAUGUGAUUAUAACGCAUUUUAAAUAGAUUUAUUAUGCGUUAUAAAGAGAGGCGUCAAAUAAACAGAGCCAAUGAAGGGAGCCAUCAGACAUCAGAAGUCAAAUCACCAACCCAGUCCUUACCAAGUCUGUUAUUCCAUCCAAUCAACGUAAAUCUGAAUCAAACAAAAGGAAAUUUCAUAUGGCAGUUGUAUUAUUUUAACUAAAUAUGUUUACUUAAGUGCUACACACAAUUAAAGCUGACUUAAUUUGAAAGAAAUAUGCACUUUCUUACUGCACUUUAACAUGAAAUGCAGGAGAAGCAUAAUUAUGUAAUAGUAUGUUUUACUAUCAAACUAAAUAGUUUUGAAUGAGCAUGUUUACAUCACAUAUGAUCUAAAAUCGACUGCAUAGUAGACGGGGCAAAAGAAAGUUAUUUAAAGGUUGUUGUUUUUUUUGCAAAAUAAUGAAAAAAAUUAAAUAAAAACUUGUCUUGGAGACGCUGUAGUACCCUUGAGCAAAGCGUGACCUCUUCAGUGGAGCUGCUCAGACUCCACCAGCAGCAGUCUGUAGUUCUACAGCCAGUUUAUGUGAUAUGACAUUUUGCUUCAUCUCAAAAGACCAGGCUGUUCUUAGUCAACUUAAUAACGUUUAAAAAUGAACACUUGGUCAUGUUUCAAAGCUUUACUCAUGCUCUAUAAAACAAGACACACACAUACACACAUGCGCACACUCGCACAAACACAGGACUUUGUUCCAGAGUGCAAUGAUUGAAUAUUUAUGAUUCAUGAUUUUUUUUCUCUCAAGCCCCCCUCUCUCUUAUUCCUACUCCCUCUCUUUGCUUUCCCAGCCUCUCUUGCUCCGUCUUGAAUUAACUGAAAAUGUUAAAUCAGCAUGAAGGCUGUUAACAACUCUGCCAAACCACUUAACCACAAUUAAUAUGUUGGUCAUACCACGACUUUAACCCCGCUAAAACUCCUUCUCCUGCCUGAUUUCUGUCUUCCUUCCUCUCCUUCUUUCUCUUUUGUUGUCUACCUACUCACCCUUCUUCUCCUCCUCCUCUCUUUCCUAUCGCUUUCCAUCUCUUGUUCUCAUCAUAUUAUCGACCAACUUCUGAGCUUUCUCAGAACUGCAUCAUGAAAUUAUAUUACCAGCAAUAGUAUCUCCUCUGCUGCCUGUGUCUGAAUGCUCACAGAGUGCUAAUUGAAAUGGAGAGCUAUUGAUCGGCAUGGAUCCACAGGAGUCACGGCUGUGGGGUAUUAGCUACCAGACUUUUUCCUUGUGUCUGCUGGAGCUCGGCCUGUUGAGUGUAAAAGCCAAUAAUAGAAAUAAUGAAGCAGCUGACUUCAUAACACAGCAACAAAUUAUUAAUCAGCUUUAUUGAGAGCUUUUCAAAAAUACGUGGGUUGUGCAGGAAUGUUUUAAGCCAGAGGAAGACCAAAAGGCUCCGACUAAUGCUGAAUGCUGUCAGUGUCAGUUUGCCCUUGAGCAAAGCACAAGUACCCCAGCUGCUGUAAUAGAGAUGCUCUGUGUUCAGCAGUAGAUGUUCUGACAGCUCAGAGGUGUGACUCUGUAGCUGUAGACCUGUCAGGAGAGGUGCAGUUGUUGAGGAAGCAGUGUGCUCACUGAACCCUCAUAUGAAAAAUAAAGAUUUCCUGCUGAGGAAAAAGUGUUUCCUCCCGGCUGGAAAAGACAUAAAAGCACUUUACUGCCACUAUAAAUACCUCAACUCCUCUUCUCCGCUUUAUCUGAAAAAGCUUGUGUUUUAGAUAAAGCUCUGACAAGUCUCCUGUGCCCGCUUUUGUCUCAUGUUUGCAUGUGUUAUAAUGAAAACAGCAAACUUCCUCUUCAAACAUAAUGCAGAUGUUGUUAAUGUGAUCCUGGGCGGUCCAAUUGAUAUUUAGAAACCAGAGACGCCAGGCUGUAAUCAGCAGCAUUAUCAGGAGACAACACAUGAAGCAGCUCUGAAUAAUGAAUGAACUUCAGUGUAUGAGUUUGAUUUGUGGCCCGGGUUUUUAUAAUCAUAUGAAUCUUUUUAAACUGUGGAUACUUCAGGGCGUUUGUGGUCCUCCAGAUGAUCGCAGCUCAUAAAAAUCAUUGGGUAACAAACUCGGCCCAAGUUAGUAACAACUAUUCUGCUCACUAAAGUUUCCUGUCCAUGACUCAUAGAUAUAGAUCGCGUUGAUGGAUACAGCAUUACCUUUACUGCAUUUUAAUCCUUCAAAUAAUCUGAUGCUACUGUCAAGAUUUAAAAUAGCAGUUGGAGGAUUUCCAGUUCAUAUAAAUCAAUAGGAGGAUCAACUUAUUUCACUUAAAAAUGCAAGAGAAAAAACUUCAAAGUUACGUAAACUUAUGAAUCCCAAAGUUAGUGCGAUGUCUAAAAUACUGACAGCAACAAGAUGGUUUGGAUGAAGUUUAAAUACAAUAUAAAUGAUGUCAUCCUUCAUGGUACCAUUCUAACCUGCAUUGUGGAUAUAGUAUUUUAGUGUGAUCAAAGCCUAUGCAUUGAUUUCCACUACAGAGUCAAUUCAGUGCUGCCUAAGAGACCAAAGAUUGCAGCUAUAAAGAGUUAUUUUUCAGCCUGUUGAUGAGAUUUUAUGCCAAGGGACAUUAUUCUAAAAUUGUUGAUAUAUUUGCUGAUGCAGUCUCUCACAGAUUGAUAAACCUCUUCUGACCUUUACUUUGGAGAGGCUCCACAUCAUCCCAACAACGCCUUUUAUAUACCCAGUUCUAUUACUAACCUGUUGUGAAUAAGUAGUUUUAGCUGAAAGGUGUAUUUUUUUAGCAUGACACAACUUUUUCAGUGUCAUUCCUGUCCUAAACUUUUUGAAAUGUGUUGCUGGCAUUAUCAGUUUAAAUAUUUGAUAUGUUGCAUCUCAUGAUUUUAGGAUAAAUAAAGGUUUUAAAAUGAUUUGCAAAUCAUCAAAGUGUGUUUUUAAUCAUUUUUUUUUUUCACAGCAUCCAUAUUUCUUUCAUAUCAAUCACCCUGUCGCACAACAUAUGACCGAUCUUAUCCUCUUUCUCUUUAGGAUACGUCAGCGAUUAUCUGAGUCCAUCUCCCUAUGAUGAUGUGGUGGGAAGCGACUCCUCUGUCAUCUCCAAAGUUCCCUCGCCCAGUCACCCGUCAAUCAUUUAUAGCCGCAUUGAGGACACCUACUCUGGCAUCCAUGGGGACAUCCAUGGUGAUUCAGACCAGCCAGACAGCCCCCGGUCUGAGGUGUCGUCAUCUGCCGGGGGAUACAUCAACGGGGAUGCCGCCGUGAGCGAAGGAUACUCAGUGGAUGCCUUUUUCAUCAUGGAUGGACGAUCAAGAAGAAAAAUGACCACGAACCCCAGAGGAGCCACUCAGAGGCACACCUGCAGCGAGUGCGGCAAAACCUACGCCACUUCCUCCAACCUGAGCCGGCACAAGCAGACACACAGGAGCAUCGACAGCAAGAUGGCGAAGAAGUGCCCGACAUGCGGCAAAGUAUACGUCUCCAUGCCGGCGAUGGCCAUGCACCUGCUCACCCAUGACCUCAAGCACAAAUGCGACGUGUGCGGCAAAGCAUUCAGCCGUCCGUGGCUGCUGCAGGGCCACAUGCGCUCACACACAGGUGAAAAGCCAUUUGGGUGUGCACACUGUGGAAAGGCUUUUGCUGACCGGUCAAACCUGCGGGCUCACAUGCAGACGCACUCGGCCUUCAAGCACUACAAGUGUAAACGCUGCGAUAAGACGUUUGCACUCAAGAGUUACCUGAAUAAGCACUACGAGUCGGCGUGUUUCAAAGGGGCGUUCUCCCCGAUGAGCUCGCUGGGGGAAUGAUGAAGUCAGAAAGGUGGACUGGACUAUUAUUUUUUUAGGUUAUUUAGAUCCGAUCUUACUGGCCUCACUCCUUCUCUCUUCCUGCUUUUCUAACAAAAAGACCAGUAUGCCUGAGCACUAAAGACAGGGGUGUGUUUUCUGCGAGGAUCAUGAAGCAAAUGAAAAAAUAGAUUGAGGAGUAGUUUAAGGACAUGUCUUUAAUCACAACCCUCCUAUCCUUCCUUUGUCUCCUCUUUCCUUAUCUGGAAGUAGAGUACAAGGUUUUCAAUCUGAUUUAGAUUACCACCCGCGUCAAUGAGAUACGUCCCUUUCUAAGGCUGUUUUGAGUAUCUGUGAAGAUAAAUAAAGCACAGCCCAUCUAGCUCAUCACUUUUGAAGAUACCUAGAUCUAUUUACGGCCAUAUCUAUCCCUGUCCCAUGACGAAAACACUCUGAAGCACAACUCUUCUCCCAUCUCUUUGUCUUCCCGAGACAGGAAUAUCACAGGACUUUGAAGCAUGAAUCACAUCUUUAGUUUUCUUGCAAAGAGAUUCAAUGAACUUUCCUAUUUACUGCUUUUUUAAAAGAAACAGAUGCUUACAAUCUAAGGGUACCUCUAGUGUCCUGCUUUUGAAACUAACCUUGGCCUGAACUCAUAAGAAGAUAAAGCAACAAGACAAAGAAAUGACACGGCAUAUGUUACCUACAAGUAAACAAAAUACAGGUUAAGUUUUUCCUUUAUAUGAGCGAGAUGCUUUGUCUAUUGUAUGUCAACUAUAGCUUCUAUUAGAUUCACUCUGAACUGUCACGGUACACCUUUCUCUUUCAAAAAAGUUCAUCUUUUCUAUUUUCUUUCCUCCAACAUCUUAAAUAGACAGUUGUUUUUUGACGUCUGAGCUUUACUUGACAGUAAACGGUGAAAACUGAGAGAGAACUAAAGAGACAGACCAGAUUUAAACAAUUACAAUUCCCACUGAGCCGCCAGGGUAUUCCUUAACAAACACUGUUUUCCUACAAUCUCUAUUAUUUAUUUUCGUCACAGGAUUCAGACAUUAAAUGUGCUGAUUUCCCUCAAAAGGUUAAACCUUCUCAAUGUUGUAUUAUGCUGUUUUCGUUGCCAACUGGUGUUACUUUUUAAAGUCUUUUUUUAUGUGUCUAUUUAUUGCCUAAUUUAUUUAUUUAUUUAUUCAUUUGUUAUUCUUAAAUGUAUUAAUUUUGCACUUUACUUUGUUAAAUUAUUCUGUUACGAUUUUUGCCUUUGUUACAAAUAUGCCAAAGCAUUUGACACUUUCUAAUUACCGAAAAACCUUUUUACUUUUGUCCGCCACUUUAAUUAUAAAACUGCAUGCAAAAAAUAACAAUAGCCUAAUAAUGGAAUCUAUGCCAAUUUUCUGAAACUUUGGAUACUUUGCCAAACCACUUAGGUAAACAGGCAUAUUAAGCAAAUUUCUGUCUUGGGCAAUAUUUCAUUAAUAUCCGAUAGAGCAAUAAUGCAUGAUAUUUUUGAGAAGACGAGUCAUAACUGCUUGUAACAUCUUGAUUUUUUUCAAGUACUAUUCUAUGUAGUUAUGAGUACUGAAAUUUCAGGGAGUUAGCCAAUGAAGUUAGUGUUAAAUAUGGAGGGUUGGGUUAAGAGCUCGAAUUCAGAGGGAUUGUGCAACUGUUGUGAUGCUUUGAGGCUUGCUCUGACGACUUGGAGAGUCAUUUUCCCAAUUUGAGUUGAAUAUAAUCCAAACCAGUUCCCUCCCAGUGAUAACUCUAUGUCAGCUUCAUUAGCUUGUUGACACCAUUCAAGCAUUAGGAGCUGUCGCGGCUUCCAAGGGUUCACACAGAUGGCACAACUCCCCUAAGUAGAGGGCUCUGGGUUGGGUUGGGAUGGGUCUUUUUGUACAUGGUUUAUGCACUGCCUGCCUCGUAUUAUUACUCGAAAAAUAUUGUAGAAAGUAGAAGGUACUACUGUAGGCCUCUGGUGCUGAAACAUGGACAAAACCACAAACCAAGAAGAAGACGAAUGAUGGGUCAAACAGAACUUCACACAGGUGUGGUGCCAAUUAAUCCCAUCAAAAGAUCUUUUCUUUCCUCUAUGGCUCUCCAUAAGACAUUAAUUAUCAAAGUCCAUAAGAGGAAUCUGGAGCUAACGCGCUCCCUGCACAGUUUCCGGUUGUUUUUCUUCCCAUCAGCUCUGGCUGUUUUGAGCUUGUUGUGGCGAUCCCUGAUGCAAUUAAAGAAUGAUAGCGGAAGAAAAGAAGACAUUUGGUCAAUAUUUCAGCACCAGAGCGCACAGACAAACACUUAGAUUCUACUAUGAACUACUGUAGCCUACUAUAGCCACAAGCUAGUUUACCUAUUCUUACAUAAAAAGCACUUCCUCUUAUGGAGUAUAUCUUAUGACUUUUUUGUGUUCAAAGAUAGUAGCACAAUGAAAGAGUUUAGUUUCAGGUAGAGAACACCUUGUAAGUAGGAAUAAAGACCUCUUUCUCCUUUUUCUACUACGAUGAAUCAAAGGUAAAAUCAACUGGGAUGCUAAAAUAACACAAGAGCUGUUUGACAUGUGGUAUUCAACAACACCUUUACUACAUGUUGUGUUAUUUUUCAACAUGUUUGUGUGGGAGCAUCUUCAACACAACCUUUUUUAAGUGCAAAUGAAAACUCAACUAUUUUGCGGCAAGAGGCCUUGUAUAUAAGCAUUAAUGUGACUUUGGAGUACUAUUAUUUCUAUAGAUCUGUAUAGAGUGAUAGUGAUCAUGAUGACAAAGAGGAGGAGGAUGGUGAUGAUGAAGGUGACGACUUUUUCUGGAGCUUCCUGCUUUGUUUUGAGUUCUUCCUCCGAGGUUUUUUUGGACCUCCUGUGGCGGUUCCAAACAAUGUAAAGCACAAAGACAACACUGGGCAUUUUGUUUCACUUCUUAAAUAAAAAUUAGUUUAAAAAA